AGGGGCGUGCUGGCUAGGAAGUGGGGUCAGAGGCCGAGCGGGGCAGAAGGCGUUCCUGCCACUGGCCUAGUCGCUAUGUAGUGGAGGGGCAGGCGUCGUCCCGCAUGUUCUGGAACGUUCUUGGGCUCGACUAGGGCAGGAGCCCCAGGACUUCUAGUUGCCGGCUUCGGGUCCCUGCCGGCUGAGCGGAGUCGCCGCCAUGUUUGGCUGCUUGGUGGCAGGGAGGCUGGUGCAAACAGCUGCACAGCAAGUGGCAGAGGAUAAAUUUGUUUUUGACUUGCCUGAUUAUGAAAGUAUCAACCAUGUUGUGGUUUUUAUGCUGGGAACAAUCCCGUUUCCUGAGGGAAUGGGAGGAUCUGUCUACUUUUCCUACCCUGAUUCAAAUGGGAUGCCUGUAUGGCAACUCCUAGGAUUUGUCACAAAUGGGAAACCAAGUGCCAUCUUCAAAAUUUCAGGUCUUAAAUCUGGAGAAGGAAGCCAACACCCUUUUGGAGCCAUGAAUAUUGUCCGAACUCCAUCUGUUGCUCAGAUCGGAAUUUCAGUGGAAUUAUUGGACAGUUUGGCUCAGCAGACUCCAGUAGGCAGUGCUGCUGUAUCCUCAGUUGACUCAUUCACUCAGUUCACACAAAAGAUGUUGGACAACUUCUACAAUUUUGCUUCAUCAUUUGCUGUGUCUCAGGCCCAGAUGACACCAAGUCCAUCUGAAAUGUUCAUUCCAGCAAAUGUGGUUCUGAAAUGGUAUACUUUUCACUUUGAAUAUCCCAGUGGUGGGAUGCAUAAGGAGAAUUUGUUGAGCAGUGGUAGCAUGGUGUAGCAUGGAUAGCCCUGAAAGGUAUUAGGUUUGAGAUUUGUUAAAAUGUAGUUAGGUAUGUGACCUUGAGUAAUUCUUCCUCUCUACUCAUCUAUGAAAUGAGGGAGGAGGAGUUAGAUUUGUUUUUUUUUUCCUUAGGUCCCUUCUAGCUAUCAGAUUUGCAGAAGAUAAAAAAUUAAUAAAAUUUAUUAUGAUUUGUACUCUCUGAUACAAGCCAGUCAUACUUAACUCACUAUGCUUAGUGUCCUUUUAUAAGAAUAAUUAAACUUUCAGAUUUAUAUUUUAGCUUUUUUAUCUCAGCUUUUUAGAAGUGACAUCUAAAGUUAUUUGCUUUUUAACAAGUCCUUUAGUAGAUUAUGAAAGAUCUUAAUUUUCUUGUAAAUAUGUUUUUCUUUUGUAGGUAUGAAAACUUUCAAAGACGACUAGCACAGAACCCUCUCUUUUGGAAAACAUAAUUUGAAUAAAAUAAUUUUUAAUGGA